CUCAGUGUAAAGACCAGCUACAUACUACCUGUAGAGGGCAGCAUUGCAAACUUGAACGUACAGACUGCCGGAAAUAUGGUAGAAGAAGAAAGUCCGGAUGUUUUGGAAAUCGGAAAAUGUCUAAGCACUCAAAAAAGAGAAAGCGCAAAAGGUCUCCAUCAUCUUCUAGUGAAGAGGAUAAGAAGUUGCCCAAGAGAAAAGAUGACAGUCAUCACUGCAGUAGUGUCAAACGGAAAGAAAGUGUUAAGAGUCAUAAAAGCUCAACAUAUAGGUGUAGAAAGGAACCUCAAAAAUCUGUCAAAGAGGAUUCCCGAUCCUCUCGCCAUAUCAAAAAGCCAGUCUACAGACGGCCCGAAACACCAGCAGCAGAGAAGCAAGCCAUUCAUAAAGAACAAUGUACUAAACCCAGAAGUGUCUCUGUACCUUCCCAUGGGGAACAAAUCUUCAGUAAAGCAAAACAACAUAGCUCUGAGAAAGAUAAAACCAUUCGUGGUAGUGAAAGUGCAGAAAGUGGACCCUCAAAACCUUUAACCACCAGAGUUGCAGCUUCAGUUGCUCAAACAGAAGAAACAUCAAAAGAUAGGUCAGAUAAAAAUCCAUCUCAGGGGAGCCCAUCCAAAUUAAAAAGGCAGCAAAACCUAAGUCCGAGCUUCGGUGUUACCAAACAAGAAAGCCAGAGGCAGGUUGUACGGGAGAAGAAGUGUUUACCUGAGAAACCACAGAAGGAUGGAAACGACAGCAGCAUUAUCAAGACUCUGGAAACUGUGUCCUCUUCCUCGAAGGAUUCUUCACAGCAGAAGAAUAGGGAGUCUGUCAAAGGCAUUAGCAAGAGCUCUCCAGUAACAGAACCAAAGUUUAAAAAGAGCUUGUGCACAGGUACAAAAAACGACUCUGCCUCUAUCACAGAGAAGUCUUCCACUUCAACCAAGCACACUACCUCAGAGAAUAGUUCAAAAGCAAUGAAGUAUGUCAUUUCAGCUAGUAAGAGUGACACACCAGUGCCACAUGAGACAGCACAGUCAUCAUCUACUCUACAAAUAUAUUCUCAAAAAUUUGUGCCUUUUAAAUUUAAGAUACCAAAAAAAGUUCGCCCAAUACCCUCUCACACCGCAGGGAAAACAAGUGAAAAUCACGAUGCUGUUACUACAAACACAUAUCUUAAAAAGAAGAAUGAACACUCACAUUCUGGGACUUUGAUGAAAAAAGUAGAGCAGGAUGUCAUCCAACCAGCUAGCAGCUGCUUCAGUGGAACCCCAAAAUUUCAAUCUGUACAACAGGAUAAGGAAUCCUUGUCUGGCCAGCACCCAUCUACAGGCGAUACCAACACUAAGCCACAAUAUGAUCAGACACAAGUGGUUGAACAGCUUUAUCUUGCUCGCUCUGAGAAAAAGUUAGAACUCAUGCAAGGCUAUGGUGAACUCACCUGUAUGGACAUAGAUUCUCCAGAAGAAAGACCCACAGACUCCAGUAGCAGACAGCGUGAUCAACAAAACCUCAUGCUCAUUUUAGACACCAACAUUCUCCUCAGUCACUUGGAUUAUGUGAAAAAGAUCAUAUCUCAUGGCCUUGGAGCAUUGGGCAAUCCUGUUGUCCUCAUCCCCUGGGUGGUGCUUCAGGAGCUGGAUUCCCUAAAAAGGGGACGAGGCCUGUCGGGUUCUGUGGCCCACCUGGCAACGCCUGCCAUCUCGUACAUUUAUAACGCUUUGAAAAACGGGGAACCUCGUCUGUGGGGGCAGUCUAUGCAGCAGGCCGCUGAGAGCAACUAUGGUCUGAACGCUGAGAAUAACGAUGAUAGAGUGCUGCAGUGCUGCCUGCAAUACCGGAAUAUGCACCCAGAGUGUUCACUGAUCUUAUGCACUAAUGAUAAAAAUCUAUGCAGUAAAGCCCUCCUGAGUGGAGUGAGGGCUCUUUGCAAGACUGAUUUGGAGGCAGAGGUUGAGAGGUCCAGACAUGGCCUUUACAUCCUGCAAAACGUUCAGUCGCCGAUCCUGCCUCACAUCACUCCCCAGGUCGCUUCACCAGAGUUGAAAAGGAGCUCCACACCAGCUCAGUCACACAGUCAAGAGAGAGGUUCUUCUGUAGGUGUCCUAGAGAAAGAUGGGAAGCAGCUCAGUAAAGCAGUCAGCGUGGAGGCAAAAUGGCUCAAUAACCGAUGCCUUUCAGAGCUAGAAGAGUGUCUGCGGGAGGUGCUGUCUGACGUGUUAGAAGUGGAGAUGAAGGCUGCUUAUGAUGACCUCUGGUUGGAGAUUGUGUAUAUAAAACCACCCUGGACACUUCAAGAUGUCUUACAGUGUUUAAAAAAGCACUGGAUUGCCGUCUUCGGACAGAUCGCCCCACGAAGAAAUCUGGAAAAUGUUUUGAACCUAAUCAACUUCUUCAACUCAGGUCAAUCAGUGGACUGUCGUGCAGCCUCCGCAGCCGUUCAUGAGGCCAAAGAUCUUGUAAAAGCAUUUUGGAAAAGUUCAAACCAUGUUGCCCCAGCCAUCUCUGUUAUGGAAAGCAUUUUCAGCAAGCUACAACCAGAGCAACACCUGUCUGUGGAAGGAGAGUCUUUUGCCUGUGAUGUUGUCAUGAAUGAUGACGAUGAAGAGAAAUGGGUGACAUCGGCUCAGGUGUCUCACCAGGAAAUGUGGGCCCUCUUUGAGAAUGUCUGGUCUAAUUUGUAUCAAACAAGCUUGGAAGUGUUCAAAGCACUGGGCUUUGACCCUCGCACCAUGCACAGCGCUCCAACAGUGGGAGCUCAUUUGCCGCCACAGGACACUCUGGCCUGUUUGCACAAACUGUUCUCUGUGGUCUCACAGCUGCUCCAAGCAUUCAGCAGUGUCUUGUCUUCGGCCCCUGGUUUACAGGAAGUCCAGGCUCUCCUCAGCAUCAUGCAUUCUAAUAAGAUUAUUAAUGAAGAUUCCAGAUUGACAGCCAAAGACCUUCUGGAUUGUUUCUCACAACCAGACUACAGGGAGAAGCUCAAAGUUGGAGGGGGCCAGUUAAUGGAGCUAAAGGAGGCCUUGGAUUGUUGUGUUCGGGCCAACGACCAACACUUAAACCAGUUGGCUUAUCUACAAACAAGCUGAUUGUGAUAAAGACUGUUGCUCUCUAAAGAUAAAUUUAUGUUUACAGAACUUCUGCUGCUUUCUGAAGGUUUGUUAAACUAUUUUAGUAUCAGUCUGUUUCUCAGUAACAAAUAUUUUUCACAUAUUCAUUUAUUUUACACUUGAUACUUGUCCUUACUGCUAAUAAUUACAGUUAAAUUGUAUUUUUUUUUCAUCAUCCUAUGAAGGGCUUCUCGCAUUUUAAGUGAAACUUAGACCACAAAUAUUUAUGCAAUAUUUUGCAAUAUGUUUUUUUUAAAGUGAUAUGUUAAAUCACUAACUGUUUUUGUUAUUUGACGUGUUAUAGUUAUAUUUUAAAUUAAUGUUUUGUGGUAUUUCAGGACCGGAUGAAUGUGUACAAUCCAACAAUGUCUGCAUGAUAUUUGUAGGACAAUGAUGUUGAGAUUGUGAGUGUUGAAAGUUGUUUUUUUUUUUUUUUUUUUUUUUGUAGCCUGCUGUAAAGCUGAGAUUUUUGUUUGUGAGCGGAUUAUUCAGAUUUCUGAAUUUAUAGAAAGAAAAAUACAAAACAUUUGUGAACCUUCAUGUUUUAAUUAAACAAAAGUUUAGAACAACUGAA